UUUAAUACCUUGACAGUGAGUACGUUGAUUAAAACUGACAAAACUCAUUUUUAAAUGGUUUACCAAUUUUAAAACAAGAGGUAAAUAAAAAUUUUCACGAUGGACAAACGUGGAAAGCGACAGCACUCAUCAUCGGAUUCUGAUAGCGCAGAAGAACAGCGGAAAAAGGAUAUAAAGGAACGAGAUGAGUUUGCAAAGAGAUUAAAGAAACGUGAUGAAGAAAAGGUAAAAAAAGUAACAGAGUCCACGAGUAAACGUUCUUAUGAAGAAGCGGCCAAACGCUUGAAAUUAGAAGCGGAAGACAGGAACAAAAUACUACCAAAACUCAGAGUUCAAUCUCGCCGGAAAUAUUUAGAGAAAAGAAAAGAAGAUAAAGUUUUAGAGUUGGAAGCAGAUAUAGCUGAUGAUGAAUAUCUGUUUGAUGAAAGUGUGUUAACAGAGAAGGAGAAGAAAGAAAGAGAACAUAAGAAAACCAUAUUACAAUUAGCCAAGGAGCAUGAAAAAGCAAGAGAGUUGGAAAAUGUACAAAGAUAUCAUAUGCCUCGGGAUUUGGGUAAAGGUGAAAAAGGUGAAUAUAUUGAAGUUGAUGAAAAUGAAAAACUACCACAUUCAGAACAACGCAAGUGGGAACAAGAACAAAUAAAAUCAGCAUUCUUUAAAUUUGGGGCAAAAGAUGCAAAAGCACAAGAUGAAUAUGAACUCUUGCUUGAUGAACAAAUUGAUUUUAUUCAAGCACUCCAAUUGGAAGGUAACAAGGAGAAGAAGGAAGAUGAAGAGAAAUCUGAAUAUCAAAAGAUACGCAUGACAAUUGAAGAAACUAAGAAAUCUCUUCCGGUUUUUCCUUUCAGAGACUCUUUGAUUGAAGCUAUUAGAAAUUAUCAAAUACUAAUUGUAGAAGGUGAGACAGGAUCAGGUAAAACAACUCAGAUUCCCCAAUACUUACAUGAAGCAGGAUUUACAAAAGAUGGGAAAAAAAUUGGAUGUACACAACCAAGAAGAGUUGCUGCAAUGUCAGUAGCAGCAAGAGUUGCUCAAGAGAUGAAUGUCAAGCUUGGAAAUGAAGUUGGAUACAGCAUUCGGUUUGAAGAUUGUACAUCAGAUAGAACUGUUAUUAAAUAUAUGACAGAUGGAACACUACAUAGAGAGUUUCUAUCAGAGCCAGACUUAGCAUCUUACAGUGUUAUGAUAAUCGAUGAAGCUCAUGAACGCACUUUGCAUACUGACAUUUUAUUUGGUUUGGUAAAAGACAUCACUAGAUUUAGACCUGAUUUAAAAUUACUCAUAUCUAGUGCCACAUUAGAUGCUGAAAAAUUUUCAAACUUUUUUGAUGAGGCACCAAUUUUUCGUAUCCCUGGUAGAAGGUUUCCAGUUGAUAUUUAUUACACUAAAGCUCCAGAAGCUGAUUAUGUAGAUGCCAGUGUAGUGUCUAUUCUGCAAAUACAUGCCACUCAGCCAUUAGGAGAUAUACUUGUCUUUCUUACGGGUCAAGAAGAAAUUGAGACAUGUGUAGAAAUGUUACAGGACAGAACCAAAAGAUUAGGAAAGAAGAUUAAGGAACUGUUAAUAUUACCAGUAUAUGCAAACCUACCAAGUGACAUGCAAGCAAAAAUAUUUGAACCAACCCCAGAGGGAGCCCGAAAAGUUGUGUUAGCAACAAAUAUAGCUGAAACUUCACUUACAAUUGACAACAUCAUAUAUGUAAUUGAUCCAGGAUUUGCAAAACAAAACAACUUUAAUUCCAAAACUGGAAUGGAGAGUUUAAUGGUAGUUCCAAUAUCUAAAGCAUCAGCUAAUCAAAGAGCUGGCAGAGCCGGAAGAGUGGCGCCAGGUAAAUGCUUCAGACUUUAUACUGCAUGGGCAUAUAAGUAUGAACUUGAAGAUAAUACCGUCCCAGAAAUCCAGAGGAUUAAUUUAGGGAAUGCUGUUCUCACUUUGAAAGCAUUAGGAAUCAAUGACCUUAUUCAUUUUGAUUUCUUGGAUCCUCCUCCCCAUGAGACAUUAGUUCUAGCUUUGGAACAACUGUAUGCACUUGGAGCACUUAAUCACCAUGGAGAAUUAACUAAGGCUGGCCGAAGAAUGGCUGAGUUUCCCACUGAUCCUAUGUUGGCUAAAAUGCUAUUAGCCAGUGAAAAAUAUAAAUGCUCAGAAGAGAUUGUUAGCAUUGCUGCUAUGUUAUCAGUUAACAGCUCAGUUUUUUAUCGACCUAAGGAUAAAAUUAUUCAUGCAGAUACAGCUAGAAAAAACUUUUUUCAUAGAAAUGGGGAUCAUUUGACUUUAAUGAAUGUGUAUAAUCAAUGGGUGGGCUCUGAUUAUUCAGUGCAAUGGUGUUAUGAAAACUUCAUACAAUACAGAUCUAUGAAAAGAGCUCGAGAUGUUCGAGAACAACUUGUAGGAUUGAUGGAAAGAGUUGAAAUUGAUAUGGUUUCAAGUAUAUCAGAUGACACUAACAUCAGAAAGGCAAUUACGGCUGGAUAUUUUUAUCAUAUUGCAAAAUUUUCGAAAGGUGGACAUUACAAAACUGUUAAACAUAAUCAAACUGUGAUGAUUCAUCCAAACAGUGCUUUAUUUGAAGAAUUACCAAGAUGGGUUAUUUAUCAUGAACUAGUUUUUACAUCAAAAGAAUUUAUGAGACAAGUUACUGAAAUAGAAAGUAAAUGGCUACUGGAAGUAGCACCACAUUAUUAUAAAUCAAAUGAGUUGGAGGAUUCAACAAAUAAAAAAAUGCCAAAAACUUUAGGAAAAUCUGCAAGUAAAUAA